AUGGUAAAUUCGAAAAAACGAGAAUUACUCGAACGAUAUCGAAAUCUAUUAGAAAAUAAUUUGAUAUUAACCGAUGAAUUUUUAAAAUGGUUUAAAGAUAAAAGAGUAUUACCAGAUUUUGUUAUCGAUGAAAUUAAAGCUAUUACAAAUUCCAGCGAACGAAACAAAAAAUUUUUUCCAAGUCUAAUUGAAAAUGGUGAUUUGGCUUUUAAUAGAUUUUCCGAAGCAUUAAUUGCUAAUGGACAACCAUUUCUAGGUGAAUUUCUUGAAGCAGAAGAGAAAAAAUUGGACGAUGUACUAGACAAUGCUACGGAAAAAAUUGUUAUUGAUGAUGAAUUUGUACGGAAAUGUCCGGGAAUUGAUAAAUUGAAAGUUGAAACACGAGAAAAACUAAAAAAUUAUCUACAAGAACAACUGUUAAAAGUUUUUCUAAAAGAAACGUGGAAACCACAGAAUCAAGGAAAAUCGGUUGAACUAAUCAAUUUAAAGCGUCAACAUUAUGAAACACAGCAAAAAUUAAUCGAAACGGUUGAAGAAGAAAAACGAAAUGUCAUUACACUGAAAGAUACGCUAAAAUCAGAACAGAUUGCUCGUCAACAAAAGGAAGAAGAGAUGAAAGAAUUGCGUGGAGAAGUUGGUCGUUUGAAAGCAGAUUUUGAACAAAGAUGGACUAGUCAGAUAAAAAUGGUUGAUGCCAACAAUCGUUCUGUAUUUAAAAUGCAUGAUAAAAUGGUUAUGUUGACAGAUUGGUUAAGACAAUUAGAUAAAAUGUUAAAAACGACAAUCUUACAAAGUGGUUUGGAUGGAGAUACAAUGGAUCAAAUGCAAAAUAAAUUAAGACGUUAUACAAAAGAAAUUGAAUCAUUAAGAGGUCGAGGAAUUGGCACUGAUAAACUGAGAGAUGAAUUGUACGAUUCAUUAUACACCAGUCGAUAUUUACCGAUACAAGAUAAGAAAAAUAAACCCUUUCACGACUUUCUAUUAAAUUUAUUUGGUAUUAAUCAAGUAACAGAAUUGGCAGCGAUAUGUACCAAGGAUGUUUUACAAAGUAAACAAGAACAAGAUCAAUUAAAUGAGAUCAAAUGGCGUGAUCUAAAAAUUGAAGAAUUAGAUCAUUUAAAUAAAGAAUUACAAGUCGAACUCGAUCGUUUAAGGUCGUUGGCAAAUAAUUCUGAUCAAGAUGCAAAUAAAAUGGUUAAGAAAAAAGAAUGGAAACCACCAUCGAUGGUUGCUACACCAAGAGAUGCAAGUAAACAGAAAACUCGUGAAACAUUGAAACCAUCGAGAGUGGAAUUUGGAUCAAAACCAGGCAACAGUUAA